AGUCCCGGCGGCGGGAGCGGAGCGCGAGCCGGGGCAGGGCCCGAGCCGGCGCCAUGGGGCGGCGGCGCCUGUGAGCGCGGCGAGCCGAGGCCGGGCGGCCGGGCCGAGCGCGGGGCCGGGCCGGGCGCGCCGAGCCGAGCGAGCGGGGAGCGCCAGCAGCGGCCGCGGCGGGAGCAGGCAGCGCCGCCGCCGCCAAGAUGGCGGACCUGGAGGCGGUGCUGGCCGACGUGAGCUACCUGAUGGCCAUGGAGAAGAGCAAGGCCACGCCGGCGGCGCGCGCCAGCAAGAAGAUCCUGCUGCCCGAGCCCAGCAUCCGGAGUGUCAUGCAGAAGUACCUGGAGGAUCGGGGAGAAGUGACGUUUGAGAAGAUCUUCUCCCAGAAGCUGGGAUACCUGCUCUUCCGAGACUUCUGCCUAAACCACCUGGAGGAAGCGAGGCCCUUGGUGGAGUUCUAUGAGGAGAUCAGGAAGUAUGAGAAGCUGGAGACGGAGGAGGAGCGCGUGGCCCGCAGCCGGGAAAUCUUCGACUCGUACAUCAUGAAGGAGCUGCUGGCCUGUUCACACCCCUUCUCGAAGAGUGCCACUGAGCAUGUGCAGGGCCACCUGGUGAAGAAGCUGGUGCCCCCGGAUCUCUUCCAGCCCUACACCGAGGAGAUCUGUCAGAACCUCCGAGGGGAUGUGUUCCAGAAGUUUAUCGAGAGUGAGAAGUUCACCCGGUUCUGCCAGUGGAAGAACGUGGAACUCAAUAUCCAUCUGACCAUGAACGACUUCAGCGUGCAUCGCAUCAUUGGGCGCGGCGGCUUCGGCGAGGUCUACGGCUGCCGGAAGGCUGACACGGGCAAGAUGUACGCCAUGAAGUGUCUGGACAAGAAACGCAUCAAGAUGAAGCAGGGCGAGACCCUGGCCCUGAAUGAGCGCAUUAUGCUGUCCCUUGUCAGCACCGGGGACUGCCCGUUCAUCGUGUGCAUGUCCUAUGCCUUCCACACGCCCGACAAGCUGAGCUUCAUCCUGGACCUCAUGAACGGCGGGGACCUGCACUACCACCUGUCCCAGCACGGGGUCUUCUCCGAAGCUGACAUGCGCUUCUACGCGGCCGAGAUCAUCCUGGGCUUGGAGCACAUGCACAGCCGCUUCGUUGUCUACCGGGACCUGAAGCCCGCCAACAUCCUGCUGGACGAGCACGGCCACGUGCGGAUCUCAGACCUAGGCCUGGCCUGCGACUUCUCCAAGAAGAAGCCCCACGCCAGCGUGGGAACCCAUGGCUACAUGGCCCCCGAGGUCCUGCAGAAGGGUGUGGCCUACGACAGCAGUGCCGACUGGUUCUCCCUGGGCUGCAUGCUUUUCAAGUUGCUGCGGGGGCACAGCCCCUUCCGGCAGCACAAGACCAAAGACAAGCACGAGAUUGACCGCAUGACCUUGACCAUGGCCGUGGAACUGCCUGACUCGUUCUCGCCGGAGCUGCGCUCCUUGCUAGAGGGCCUGCUGCAGCGGGAUGUCAACCGGAGGCUGGGCUGCCUGGGCCGCGGUGCUCAGGAGGUGAAGGAGAGUGCCUUCUUCCGCUCCCUGGACUGGCAGAUGGUCUUCCUGCAGAAGUACCCUCCCCCACUGAUCCCCCCACGAGGGGAGGUGAAUGCAGCUGAUGCCUUCGACAUCGGCUCCUUUGAUGAGGAAGACACCAAAGGAAUCAAGUUACUGGACAGCGACCAGGAGCUCUACCGGAACUUCCCGCUCACCAUCUCGGAGAGGUGGCAGCAGGAGGUGGCCGAGACGGUGUUCGACACCAUCAACGCCGAGACGGACCGGCUGGAGGCUCGGAAGAAAGCCAAGAACAAGCAGCUGGGCCACGAGGAAGACUACGCCCUGGGCAAGGACUGCAUCAUGCACGGGUACAUGUCCAAGAUGGGCAAUCCCUUCCUGACCCAGUGGCAGCGGCGGUAUUUCUACCUGUUCCCCAACCGGCUCGAGUGGCGGGGCGAGGGCGAGGCCCCGCAGAGCCUGCUGACCAUGGAGGAGAUCCAGUCGGUGGAGGAGACGCAGAUCAAGGAGCGCAAAUGCCUGUUGCUCAAGAUCCGCGGCGGGAAGCAGUUCAUCCUACAGUGCGACAGCGACCCCGAGCUGGUGCAGUGGAAGAAGGAGCUGCGGGACGCCUACCGGGAGGCGCAGCAGCUGGUACAGCGGGUGCCCAAGAUGAAGAACAAGCCACGCUCGCCGGUGGUGGAGCUGAGCAAGGUGCCGCUGGUGCAGCGUGGCAGUGCCAACGGGCUCUGAGCCGCCGCCGCCCGCCCGCCCGCCUUUUAUAAACCUCUAAUUUAUUUUGUCGAAUUUUUAUUAUUUGUUUUCCCGCAAAGCGGAAAAGGUUUUAUUUUGUAAUUAUUGUGGUCUCCUGUGGCCCCAGCCUGGCCCAGCCCCUCCCCCAACCCCACCAGCACCACCUCUGCCCUUCCCUGCCAACCCCUGCCUCCUGGCAGCUUUGCCUUGGCUCCCACUGCCACUGGCCCAGCCACUGUCCAUGUGCCACCCUUCCCCUCCUCCCAACCUCCAGGGAUCCCCUCUGCUCCUGGGGGACGGACAGUGGGCCUCUGGCUCGCCGCCUGGCUGUGCCCACGGGCAUGGCUGGGGGGCUGGCCCAGUGGAGGCCCAGUGCAGGGAUUUUACUUGAAUUUGCCCACGGCAACCCUUCCUGUGACAGGGACAGGCCCCUUUGCUGUCCUGCUCACUGGCCACGGGAGAGGACCCGCCAGUGCUGGUGGUGACUUGGGCACUGGCGCCCUAUUCAGGAGAAGCCCCAUGUCCCUGGCUCCCUCCAGUUGCCACCUUGCCCUGGACAUCGUGUGGCUCGGGCCAGGAGGAAGGUGUGGACAGCAGGUGCUGCUGCCCCCUCCCCCAACACAUAUUCGGUCCCUCCCCCACUCCCACUUGAGCACUUGGGCUCAGGGACCACAGCAAGGUGACCGCAGAUUGGGCCACACUGGCCCAGCUUGGCCUCACGGUCUCUCCUUACCCCCCGCCGCCUGGCUGGGCAGGCAGCGGGGGGAGGGGACAGCCAGUACCCCUCUGCUCCUGCUGCCCAGCGCUGCAGCCCGUGUCCUGUCAGUGCCACCGCCCGAGGGCACCGCCUCGCCCGCCGCAUGCCCCCUUGUGCCAGUCGCGCAGCUGUGUGUGGUGUCGCGCCCCUCUCCCCGGGCUGGAGCUGGGCCGGCGUGCCCCCCACCCCAUCUGCUCACUCCCUGGGGUGUCUCUGCCGAUUUUUGAAUGUGAUUUUAAAGAGUGGAAAAUGAGACUAUGCGUUUUUAUAAAAAAUGGUGCCUGA